GGGAUCAAAGGAGGGGACUGACCAGUCAGUUAUAAACUAAACUUGAAAUAUAUGCGUACAUUGUACAAGCAACAGCCUGCAAACACACUAAGGUUAUCAGGCUUUCAUUCCUGGAAGAAAAAUCCUGAUCAUGAGCGGCUUUGGGGGAAAACUGGAUACAGAACUCAGCAACAUGAAUGGAGAUGUGUUUCAAGAAUCUAGGUACAUUGAAGAAAACACUUUGAAGAAGAGUGCAAUCUCCUUGAUCUUCUCUCUCAAGGAAGAAGUUGGAGCUUUGGCUAAAGUUUUGCGCAUAUUUGAGGAAAAAGGGAUAAACCUGACCCACAUUGAAUCCAGACCUUCCCGGCUCAACAAAGAUGAAUAUGAAUUUUUCAUAAACUUGGACAGCAGGAAUAUCCCCGCUCUAGAGGACAUUGUCAGGACUUUGAGAGAUGAUAUUGGGGCAAAUGUUCAUGAGCUUUCACGAGAAAAGAGGAAGGAUGCUGUACCAUGGUUCCCAAGGACUAUUCAAGAGCUGGACAGAUUUGCCAACCAGAUUCUCAGCUAUGGAGCAGAGCUGGAUGCUGAUCACCCAGGCUUCAAAGAUCCUGUUUACCGGGCCAGAAGAAAGGAAUUUGCAGAUAUAGCCUACAACUAUAGACAUGGACAGCCCAUCCCGAGGGUGACUUACUCAGAGGAAGAGAAGAAAACAUGGGGUAUCGUCUUCAGAGAGCUGAAGACUCUGUAUCCCACUCAUGCUUGCUAUGAACACAACCAUGUCUUCCCUCUCUUGGAGAAAUACUGUGGCUACCAAGAAGAUAACAUUCCCCAGUUAGAAGAUGUCUCAAAUUUCUUGAGAAGCUGCACCGGAUUCCGCUUACGUCCUGUGGCUGGACUCCUAUCAUCUCGGGAUUUUUUGGCUGGCUUGGCUUUUAGAGUAUUUCAUUCUACGCAAUAUAUUCGCCAUUCGUCAAGACCAAUGUACACCCCAGAACCAGAUGUUUGCCAUGAACUCCUAGGACAUGUCCCUCUCUUUGCUGAUCCCAGUUUUGCUCAGUUUUCCCAAGAAAUUGGAUUGGCUUCCCUGGGAGCACCAGAUGAAUUCAUCGAGAAACUUGCUACGGUUUACUGGUUUACAGUGGAAUUUGGACUGUGUAAGGAAGGCAGUGACAUAAAAGCCUAUGGGGCUGGACUGCUGUCAUCAUUUGGUGAAUUACAGUACUGUUUAUCAGAUAAACCUACUAUUGAACCUCUCAACCUGGAGAAUACGGCAGUCCAGAAAUAUCCUGUAACUGAAUUCCAGCCCAUUUACUAUGUUGCUGAAAGUUUUAAAGAUGCAAAGCAAAAGUUAAGGAAAUAUGCUUCCACAAUUCCUCGUCCAUUCUCAGUCCGCUACAACCCAUAUACCCAAAGGAUCGAGGUUCUGGACAAUGUAAAACAGCUGAAGAAUUUAGCCGAUUCCAUAAGCAAUGAAAUGGGACUUCUCUGCAACGCUCUGCAGAAGAUAAAAUGAAGAUGGCAUCACCUCUAACAACACUUCUGGUGGCUUUCAGAGCUUUGUGGCAAAAGGAUGUGUCAAAACAAAUAUCAGACAUUUAGAAGUAAAAUCAGGACACAAAUCAUUAACAUUUAUGUAGUCAAUAUUUCAUGUACAUUUUAGUGUAACUACUCUUUGUAAUUCAUUAUAAAAAGUCAUAUGGUAAGUUAAAGGAAUUUAGGCAAAUAGUUAAAGAAAGCUUUGCAGUCUGAUUUAUGAUUACCUAUAACACAAAUGUAAGAAACUCAUUGCCAUAAAGAAGACAAUUCAUGACUCCUGUUGUCAAAGGUGCAUACUUUCUUGGUCUUAGGAUAUUGCUCAGGUCUUUAAGGAUCUCAGUCUUUACAAAAUUCUUUCCAGAAGGUUUAUAGACAAGACACAAGACCUUGCAGUCAAGGAUUACCAAGUUCCUUGGAAAAUUUAAUGUUUGAUUAGGUGUUCUAUUUAGAGGCAGCCAAAUCGGUUUAUCUUUAAAUGAUUUAAGAAAAUAGAUUGGUAAAUCUGUAGGGUAAGAAUAUUCAUAUGGUUAUGUUUUCAUUCAUGGAAAGAGUACCAAGAGGUACCUUCCUGAUGUCGUAGAUGUAGCAUUACUAUUAUUUUUCAUUGGCUUUUUGUUUUAAAAGAGAGAUCAUAUGGAAAUUUAAAAUGUGUACAAAAACUAUAGGAAAUGGAAAUACGUAUGGCUGCAAGGUGUGAUAUUAACAUCUUGAAACACAAUUGCAGACACAAUUAAAGAAAAGGAUGGGCAACUUCUUUGGACUGAGGGAGGUGUAAUCCAAUUUAAUUCUGUGCCACUUUAACUCUCCCCAGUAUUUAUGAACAGAAGGAAAACAGCAUGAAAAUUAUAAACAUUAUUUUAAUACUGUAAUAUAUACAAAAACAUUUCUAUGUAUGUUAAAAGAAAAUCUGUCAAAAAUUCAGUACAUCCCUAAAACUUACUUUCCACUAAUAGAACUUCAAGAAACAGGCACAAAUGUUGAGAAUCAGCGUAUUGGGGUGGGGUGGGGAGAAUUCUGCCAUUUGCCUGUACUGAUAACUGGAAACUUUCAAAAACUGACUGCAUGUGGAUUCAUUCACCAUUUCUGAAGAAGUGGGCUCUAAUCCAUGAAAGCUUGUGAUGGAGUAAAACUUUGUUAGAUGUUAAAGUGGCACAAUACUUUCUAGGGUUUUUGUAUUUGUAAGUAAUGCCACAGUCUCUUAACUGUAAUUAUUGCAUGAUUACUUGAUAUGUAACAUCACAUGCUAUAUUAAUAUAGGGGUUUAAAACUGUUUCUUGCCUUUUUGUUCUUUUUAUUUUUUUGUUUUCAUUUUCAUUUUCAUUUCAUUUUCUGUUUUCAUUUUACAAUAUAGUGCCCAUUAACCAAAACUGUAAACAGCAGUACAAAACUGUCACAAAGGAGUUUGUCUUAUCAUCAGUGAGCAUUAUCCAGAAACAACAAUUUACAUAUAAAUCAAUAUCUGAAUUCUGUCAAAUGUAAAUCAGAUCUCUGUAGUACAGAUUAUUAGGAAUAAUCUCUUCUUUUUGUUCAGUAUUCUACUACAGGAAACCUCAUUGCUAUGAUUUCUUGCCUUUUGUGAUAUUCUUCUACUCCUGUGCUUCAGAGCACACAUUAGAAGCAAGAACCAUUAAAUCAGAGACUUUUGUUCACAUAAAGUGAAAGAUUUUGAGCAAUAAAUGCUGCUGUAUUUAAAUGUUUCAUAAAAACACAGGCUGAUUUACAUAAUUAUAUUGUCUUUAAAACAAAAUGUACAAGCUAUAAUAUGUGAUGUAAAUAAAAUGCAUUGAUUUAA